ACUCCGUCUCAAAAUACAUAAAUAAAUAAAAUUUAAAAAUAAAAGCUAAAAUUGCUUUGAAGAAUUCUUUUCUGCUGUUGCAAAGUGUCAUUUGCUCACCUGCUACCUUUGUCAGCAGGUAUAAUCUGGUUCUACCUUUUCUGUCUCUAGAGUACUCCCUCUUACCAGAUUUUCACUUUCCUUUUCUCAUAGUUUCUUCUGUACGCCUCAGCUUUCUUGGUGCUGAUAUAGUCAUAGCCAAACAUUUUAUAAAAGUCCUUUUCUGUCCUCACAAUGGUAUUUGCGUUUAGGGUCUGCCAACAAGGUUGUUCAUGAAAGUAUUUUUCUCUUUAAGGCAAUUAAAAAACAGUGGAAUGGAAAAACAGUGCUGUAGUCAUCCUGUAAUAUGCUCCUUGUCAACAAUGUAUACAUUCCUGCUAGGUGCCAUAUUCAUUGCUUUAAGCUCAAGUCGCAUCUUACUAGUGAAGUAUUCUGCCAAUGAAGAAAACAAGUAUGAUUAUCUUCCAACUACUGUGAAUGUGUGCUCAGAACUGGUGAAGCUAGUUUUCUGUGUGCUUGUGUCAUUCUGUGUUAUAAAGAAAGAUCAUCAAAGUAGAAAUUUGAAAUGUGCUUCCUGGAAGGAAUUCUCUAAUUUCAUGAAGUGGUCCAUUCCUGCCUUUCUUUAUUUCCUGGAUAACUUGAUUGUCUUCUAUGUCCUGUCCUAUCUUCAACCAGCCAUGGCUGUUAUCUUCUCAAAUUUUAGCAUUAUAACAACAGCUCUUCUAUUCAGGAUAGUGCUGAAGAGGCGUCUAAACUGGAUCCAGUGGGCUUCCCUCCUGAUUUUAUUUUUGUCCAUUGUGGCCUUGACUGCCGGGACUAAAACUUUACAGCACAACUUGGCAGGACAUGGAUUUCAUCACGAUGCCUUCUUCAGCCCUUCCAAUUCCUGCCUUCUUUUCAGAAGUGAGUGUCCCAGAAAAGACAAUUGUACAGCAAAGGAAUGGACUUUUCCUGAAGCUAAAUGGAACACCACAGCCAGGGUUUUCAGUCACAUCCGUCUUGGCAUGGGCCAUGUUCUUAUUAUAGUCCAGUGUUUUAUUUCUUCAAUGGCUAAUAUCUAUAAUGAAAAGAUAUUGAAGGAAGGGAACCAGCUCACUGAAAGCAUCUUCAUACAGAACAGCAAACUCUAUUUCUUUGGCAUUCUGUUUAAUGGGCUGACUCUGGGCCUUCAGAGGAGUAACCGUGAUCAGAUUAAGAACUGUGGAUUUUUUUAUGGCCACAAUGCAUUUUCAGUAGCCCUUAUUUUUGUAACUGCAUUCCAGGGCCUUUCAGUGGCUUUCAUUCUGAAGUUCCUGGAUAACAUGUUCCAUGUCUUGAUGGCCCAGGUUACCACUGUCAUUAUCACAACAGUGUCUGUCCUGGUCUUUGACUUCAGGCCCUCCCUGGAAUUUUUCUUGGAAGCCCCAUCAGUCCUUCUCUCUAUAUUUAUUUAUAAUGCCAGCAAGCCUCAAGGUCUGGAAUAUGCACCUAGGCAAGAAAGGAUCCGAGAUCUAAGUGGCAAUCUUUGGGAGCGUUCCAGUGGGGAUGGAGAAGAACUAGAAAGACUUACCAAACCCAAGAGUGAUGAGUCAGAUGAAGAUACUUUCUAACUGGUACCCAGAUAGUUGGCAGCUCUCUUGAACCUUAUUUUCACAUUUUCAGUGUUUGUAAUAUUUAUCUUUUCACUUUGAUUAACCGGAAAUGUUUCUAAAUCAUAAUAUUCUUUGCAUAUAUCUAGCUACUCCCUAAAUGAUUCCAUCCAAGGCUUAGAGUACCCAAAGGCUAAGAAAUUCUAAAGAACUGAUAUAGGAGUAAUAAUAUGAAGAAUUCAUUCACAUCUCAGUACUUGAUAAAUCGGCAAGAUAUAUUUGCAGAUUAUUUUCCUUGGCCUUCAAGCUUCCAAAAAACUUGUAAUAAUCAUGUUAGCUUGUAUAUACACAUAGAGAUCAAUUUGCCAGAUAUUCACAAUUAUGUAGUUCUAGUUAACAUGCCAAAGUCUUCCCUUUUUUAACAUUAUAAAUAAUCUACGUUGUUUCUUGAAUUUUGAGGCCCUAGAGAUAGUCAUUUUGCAAGUAAAGAGCAAUGGGACCCUUUCUAAAAAUGUUGGUUGAAGGACCUAAAUACCUGGCCAUACCAUACAUUUGGGAUGAUGUAGUCUGUGCUAAAUAUUUUGCUGAAGAAGCAGUUUCUCAGACACAAAAUCUCAGAAUUUUAAUUUUUAGAAAUUCAUGGGAAAUUUGAUUUUUGUAAUAAUCUUUUGAUGUUUUAAACAUUGGUUCCCUAGUCACCAUAGUUACCACUUGUAUUUUAAGUCAUUUAAACAAGCCAUGGUGGGGCUUUUUUCUCCUCAGUUUGAGGAGAAAAAUCUUGAUGUCAUUACUCUUGAAUUAUUACAUUUUGGAGAAUAAGAGAGCAUUUUAUUUUAUUAGUUACUAAUUCAAGCUGUGACUAUUGUAUAUCUUUCCAAGAGUUGAGACGCUGGCUUCAGAAUCAUACCAGAUUGUCAGUAAAGCUGAUGCCUAGGAGCUUUUAAAGGGAUCCUUUCAAAAAGAUCACUUAGCAAACACAUGUUGACUUUUAACUGAUAUGUGAAUAUUAUUACUCUAAAAAUAGGAAGACCAGGAAUAUAUAAGUCGCUUUAUAGUGCUACUUCACACUUACAAGUGCAUGGUAUUUUUCAUGGUAUUUUGCAUGCAGCCAGUAAACUCGUAGAUAGAGAAGUCAGGUGAUGAUUUUAAAAAUUAGCAAACAAAAGUGACUUGUUCAGAGUCAUGCAUCUGGGUGAUGAUAGAAGAGUGGGCUUAACUGGCAGGCCUGUAUGUUUACCGACUACCAUACUGUAAAUAUGAGCUUUAUGGUGUCAUUCUCAGAAACUUAUACAUUUAAGUUUCAUGCAGAUGAAUAUAAGGUAAUAUACUAUUAUAUAAUUCAUUUGUGAUAUCCACAAUAAUAUGACUGGCAAGAAUUGGUGGAAAUUUGUAAUUUAAAUUAUUAUUAAACCUA